AUGGACCCACCCUCUCUCCCGCUUUCGCCCACGAAGCUGGCCAUGUCUCCUAGCAUGCCUGCCUUCCCGACCUCCCCAGGGCGCACCAAGACAUCUUUGGGCGACUCAGUGGUGCUUUCGCCAUCAGCUACACGAAGAGGUUCACGAUCAGGAUCACCGCUGCGCGAAGGCUCCCCACUACGAUCAUCGCACCGACGAACCGACUCCGAGGUAUCCGUUGCCGGCCUGGCCACCAUGUUCGAGACUCUCGAGGUUAAGGAUCCGCGAGAAGCUCGCGACAGGUACAUGGCCCUGUUGGCCAAGGAAAAAGCCAAGUUCGACAAGAUAGAGAAGGAGUACAACAUGUCUGCAAGCCGGAAGGAGUUGCGCAUCGAAGAGCUCAAGAACGAGCUGAAGACCACUAAGGAGGAGCUCGACAUAGCCGUUUCAAGAGACGUGUUCGAGAGGGAACGCAAAGCACACAAGGCCAACGUAGCCAAGUGGGAGAAGGUUUUCAAGGAACGUGAAGAGGCUUGGAAGGUGUCGAACGCUAAGCUGAGCGAACUCGACUACAACAAUAAGCACCUCGAGGCUAAGAACCGCGAAUACAAGAAGCGAUACAUGGAGAAGGACAAGGAGCUCCUGAGGAAGUCUGGUCAGGUUCCCACGCUCCAGGCUAAGAUUCAGGGGCUGGAACGCAACAUCAAGCGGGCCGAGUCUGAUGUCAGGUUCAAGACAGAAGAAGCCGCCAAGUACCAAGGCCAGCUCUACAGUAUGGAAGUUGAGCUGGAGGGUAUCACAGCACAUCUUGGAGAGGAGAUAUUGACGCUGAAGGAUCGUCUGAAGCUGGUGGAGAGCGAGCGUGAUGCGCUGAAGACAAGCUUGAAGGAGGAGGAGGUCCUGCGCAUCGCGGCUGAGGGGCAGCUAGCGCUCCCUGCAGCUACCAACGACGAAGAAGACGAUUUCAGAUCGCCAGUCCGCUCUCCACGUAAGCCCCGUACCAUCCGGCACAACGACGAAGACAAAGAGAACCAAUCGCCGAGGAAGUCCGCAGUUGACCUGCGCUUCCUGCAACAAGAGCUUGCAGCUGAGAGGCGGUACCGCUCGCGCGCGGAAGACCAGAUCGAGUUCAUGAAGAUGGAAUGCCAGUUCCAGUGCUGUUCUUGCCGCAUUGCUGAGAACAAGAGUAAGGCUUACAUUCACGACGACAGGUACGCAGCACAGAUGGAGGCCAUCAAGGCUUCGGUCCCCGCUCUGACUCCUCCAGCGAGUGACAACGGAGAGGAUGCUAUGGAUGUUGUGAAGGAUGAGCCUAGUGCUGAACGACCAUACACACCACCGCCAGAAGAGCAGACAUCUGAGCACACAGUCGUUGUCCAGCCGCAGAACGAGGAGCUGGAUUCAGUCGUCGCUUUCUCUCCUACAACUGGUACAUUCAAGUCUAUCCCUUCGCCACUGAAGGCUCUGCCUAAGCGCUCUGUUUCUCGUCAGUCGGGUCGAGACUCGACUCGGUCCACCACACGCUACUCAGAUGCUCGCAGCCAGCUAGUGUGUCUAGACGCAGCCUUCGAAUAUGGGCCUGUAUCGGCCCCAGCAUUCCAUCAGACAGAAGAGAGGAGCAGAAGCGCUGAUAUUGCCAUUCACGAGGACGAAAGUGAUGAGGACAUGGAGCCUCCCGCACCAGUUGCUCUUGGACCAGGCACACCAUAUGUCACCAAGACCACCACCACCACCAUCCCCAUUGCAUUCUCACCAGCAACUCCAGCGCCGCGACCCGGCAAGCAAUUGAUGAGUCCGUUCACGAUCGGUCAUGGAGCGGCUAACGGGCGCACACCUGUGCUGGGCGAGCUGCAACUAAACAAUGUCCCUUUCGAUCGCGAGGCGGCACUUCAGGCCAUUCGCGAACGACGUGGCAGGGCACGCAGCAUGGCUGAAGGUCACGGCACACCGAUGAAGCAGAUGCUCGAGGGCACGAAGGAGAGGCGAGACAUCAGUGCACCGGUCUCGAGGGUAGGCCGAAGUCAGAGUCGAGGCAGAUUCUGA